AUGGCUAGACCUGAAGAAAAACAUCGAGCCAAGCGCAUGCCAUUCAAGGAUACCAUGUCGCUCUCCACUUGUUCUGACCGUUGGCGUAGCCUAGCGGGGCAAUUCACGCCCAAAGAAGCGAUCUUGACGGCCGAUUCAAUGCAUCUGCAUCCUCGAGCGGGGUCGGCUAUCCACGUUUCGGUCAAGCUUGACGCCCGUCUUCCGUCUACAACGUUGCGGAAUGGCCACGGUGAAGAUGAUGUCACGUUGUAG